GACUAAUACACAAAUUAUUCAAACGCGGUCUCUCUCUCUCUCUCUCUCUACUCUCUAGAAGAGUAGAAUUACAACAACACGCCUUUUACAAAUUAUAUGAUAAUUUGAUUUGAAAUUGAAGCAGUCUCUUCUCUGAUUUGUUAAUGUCGUCUCCAUAAAAACGUAUAAUUUCAUCCUUCAUGAAUACUUUUAAAGAACUCUCUCUCUCUCUCUCUAAAUCUUUCUCUCUCUAGAGACAUGCCAAGCGUGUCCGUGAAGCUCUACAGCAUACUCUACAAAUUCCUUCUCAAAAAGCGAUUGCAGAGCCUAAUUGAAGCUUCUCUUCAGCCCAACACCACCGCCAACCCAUUCGGCGUCACAUCUCGGCCCGAUGAAUCGGUCGCUCCUGCUAACCCUUCCUUCUCUGACGGCGUCGCCACCAAAGACCUCCACAUCGACCCCUUAACCUCUCUCUCCCUCCGAAUUUUCCUCCCCGAAAACGCCCUUUCCACCACCAACUCCGUCCUCCCACCUAGGGUUAGAGUUAGGGCUUCGACGAAUUCUCCCAAUACUUUGAAGCAGGAUUUUGGGGAUUAUAGGGGUUAUUCGCCGGCGAUAGAUAAAAGGCUGCGUAGAUUGCCGGUGAUUUUGCAAUUUCAUGGUGGAGGGUUCGUCAGUGGGAGCAAUGACUCGGUUGCGAAUGAUUUGUUUUGCAGACGAAUCGCAAAAUUGUGUGAUGCGAUUGUUGUAGCAGUCGGGUAUAGGCUUGCGCCAGAGAGUCGGUACCCUGCGGCGUUCGAGGAUGGGAUAAAGGUGUUGAAUUGGCUGGGGAAGCAAUCCAAUUUAGCCGAGUGCAGUAAAUCACUUGAUGGGGACCUCAGGAGAUGGAUCGUUCAUAAGCAGAUUGUUGAUGGUUUCGGAGCAUCUAUGGUUGAGCCCUGGUUGGCUGCUCAUGGAGAUCCUUCAAGGUGUGUUCUCCUUGGAGUGAGCUGCGGUGCAAACAUUGCAAAUUAUGUUGCUCGAAAAGCUGCAAAGGCAGGCAAGCUUUUAGAUCCUGUAAGGGUGGUGGCACAAAUUCUGAUGUACCCUUUCUUCAUUGGGAGCAUGCCCAUGCGUUCUGAGAUAAAACUGGCAAACUCGUACUUCUAUGAUAAGGCUAUGUGCAUUCUCUCAUGGAAACUCUUCCUACCUAAAGAAGAUUACAACCUGGACCACCCAGCUGCUAACCCUCUGGUUCAUGGAAAUGAGAUACCCCUUAAGCACAUGCCCCCAACACUAACAGUUGUAGCAGAACAUGACUGGAUGCGGGAUCGUGCUAUAGUUUAUUCGGAGGAGCUUCGUAAGGUCAAUGUGGAUGCUCCUGUUCUUGAUUACAAGGAUGCUGUGCAUGAGUUUGCCACCCUUGAUGUGUUAUCUAAAACACAACAGGCCCAAGUAUGUGCGGAGGACAUUUCUAUAUGGGUUAAAAAGUAUAUCUCACUCAGAGGGCAUGAGUUUUCUUAUUGAUAAGUUGGAAAAAGGGAGAAGUGAAGGGGCAAAAUGCAACUAAAAGAAUUGCAGGAGUAACAUUGUAUGUAUAUAUCAACCAACUUUGUUUGUACAAUCUUUUAGGUUGCUCAUGGUUCCUCUCCAUCCUUUUCCCCAUCACUUGUUGUCUGUAAUCUGAUGGUUGCGAUAGGCAUUUUUGUCCAUUGUUUUUGGUUGGUAGCUUAUUCAUUUGUUCAUAUUCUUUAGAUUUAAGUUGAGUGGAAUAUAUAUAUGCUAUUUUAAUACA